AGAAAACUGGCUCUGAAAUAUCAUCCUGACAAGAAUCCGGACAACCCAGAAGCUGCAGAAAAAUUUAAAGAGAUCAACAAUGCUCAUGCAACACUGACCGAUCUGCCCAAGCGAAACAUAUAUGACAAGUAUGGAUCAUUAGGGCUCUAUGUGGCAGAACAGUUUGGUGAGGAAAAUGUUAACACCUACUUCAUGCUCUCAAGCUGGUGGGCAAAGGGCCUGUUUGCAGUCUGUGGCCUUCUGACGGGCUGCUACCUCUGCUGCUGCCUCUGCUGCUGCUUCAACUGCUGCUGUGGAAAAUGUAAACCCAAAGCACCCGAAGGGGAAGAGCAUGAGUUUUGUGUGUCUCCAGAAGAUCUGGAAGAGCAAAUUAAGAAUGACAUGGAAAGAGAUGGAGAAACUCCUAUCGUGCUUCAGCCGACUAACGCAACCGAGAAGACGCAGCUAAUAGGGGACAGCCAUCGGAGUUAUCACACAGACCCCUAG